AUACCUUCUAGUAAGAUCAAAAUUUUGUUUUCAUGGUUGAAGGUACCAGUUUUUGACCAAAUGGAUGAGUUGACACUAGAUGUGAUAUGUGAAAGAUUAGAGCCUGCCCAUUACACUGAAGGCACAUUCCUUGUACGUGAAGGUGACCCUGUGAGUGAAAUAUCUUUCAUUAUUCGCGGUCAACUUGAUUCCUACACCACAGAUGGUGGCCGAACUGGGUUCUUCAGUUCUUCUCAAAUCAGUCAUGGUGGUUUCUGUGGUGAGGAACUGCUCAUAUGGGUACUUGAUUCAUGUCCUGAUGACACACUACCACCCUCAACUCGAACAAUCAGGGCUAUAUCUGAUGUCGAAACAUUCUGCCUUACAGCAAAGGAUCUAAAAUUUGUCGCUUCACAGUUUCCUACACUGCAUAGUAGAAACCUCAGACACAAGUUCAAGUUGUACUCACAACAAUGGCGUAUGUGGGCUGCAUGCUACAUACAAGCUGCUUGGCUACGUUACAAGAGACAAAAGAGGUUAGCUGCAUUAACUUCUGAAGACCCUGAAAUGGAUAUAUUUGUUCCAAGACCAGAUGCUGGAAUUGAAGUUUAUGCAGCUAGGUUGAUAACCAAUUUAAGAUGGGAGAAGAGUAAUAGAUACUCAUCAGAUUCUGAUAGGCUAUCUCAUUCACUUAUGGUAAUGGAGUCCCAACUAUCUGAUCAUGAUAGUAUUUCGAGUUAAAAUCAACUACUAGCAUGUCAAGUGGCGAGGAUAAUGAUAUCUUUGGGGGGAGGAUUGUCUAAUUCAUAACUAUCAUACGCUUAAAAUGCAUUUCAUAGUGUGUUUUUGGAAUCUGUGGGAGUUAUAGGGACUAUAUGGAAAUAAUAGGGCGCAUUUUCGGAAUAUAUGCAUCACUGUAAAUAAUUUGGAGUGCAUACCACUCUGGUUAUAUGUUUGGUUUUUAUUUUUGAUGAAAUCUAUCUUAAGGUAAAUGAAAGUAUGCAAAAGUUAA